AAUAAGCGAGGUCUUGGUCUUGUUUUUCUUCACAAAGUUCGAUCUGUAGUUUUCCGAAAAGAAUUGAGUGGGAUCUAUUUUCUUGGCUCUUGGGGACGACGACAGAAAGUAGAAUUGGAAUUUGGCAAUAUGAAGCAAAAGAUUGUGAUGAAUGUGCAAAUGAAGUGCAAAAAAUGUCAGAGGAAGGCACUCCAGGUUGUAGCUGAAACAUAUGGCGUGAGCUCUGUGGGCUUAGGAGCGCAGGAAGGUAGAGUGGAGGUGAUUGGGGAUGGAGUUGAUGCUCCAAAGUUGGUUAAAAGUCUGAGGAAGAAGGUUGGGCACACCGACAUCGUCACUCUAGAAGCAGUGAAAGCAAGCUAGAGAGAGAGAGAGAUUAAUAUUAUGUAGACUUCGGCUUAAAGAGUGUAGUCUUUUGAAGAUUUUUUUAUUUUGCCUUAUCAUCAAGAUGUUAAGGAUUUAUGCAGUUCAGCCUUUGCAGAGGAUCAAUCAAUAUGAGUAGGCCUUUGGCAAAUUUAUGCUUCAUGUAAAAUAAUCAAGCAAAAAGAAGAAAAAAAAAUGACUUGUUAAUUUAAGUAAUUAAUGGUUGAUUUGUCAA